AUCUGCCACAGGGAUAUUGUAAUUUGUAAAUGGAGAUUCUACUAUACAUUGUUAACGUCUUAGUGUAUUUGGUGUCAUUUAGUUCGUUACACCUGCUGUUCAAUAUAUCGGCGGCAGCAUGGAAAUUUAACAUGAGUUUUUUUUCCUUACAUAUUGAAACUAAGCUAGCUGUUAUAAGCAUGAAAUUAGAAAGAAUAUUAACUAUAAUACCACGUUUUUAUUUUAAAUACGAAAUAAUAUCUACUGUACAACUUAAAUAUCUUAUAUGGAAAAUGUACGACCUAAUAUGUCUUUUGGCAUUUGGAAUCCAGCUAAAGGCUACCAGAUAAUAUAUCCACUGCCCGCUUUCCUGAAACAUGAUUUGUAGCGCAUGAUACCUUCCCUAUGUUCUGUAGUAACCUGGAAGGACACUUACCUAACAUCCUACCUGAUAGGUCCCUCUCAAAUAGGCAUCACUAUUGUUAGUGACACAUGCUAGGUCCCGUUACAGAUGGCUUAUUGGCUGAUGUGUAAGUGAUUCUGUCAACCUAAUUUCUCCAACAGAUGUUGUUUGCGCCCUGCACUAGCUAACUUGCAAUUGUAACACUUUCUAAAGAUAUUUAGCUUCAACACAUGCAAUUCUUCCGUUUUUCCUCCAUAAAUUGACCUGAAAUCUGUCAAAUCAUACAUGCGUCCUGAUGGCACUAUCCACAACCAGUUUUUACCACUGGACAGUAUUUCACAGCCUCUCAUUGCAGUAUGCUUGUUUUGACCACUAAACUCGUUCCUUUGCAUAACUACUUUUUCUGUACCAAAUUCCUUGAUCUGCUUCUACAAAUAUCUGGAGUGUGUGUGUUUGCUGACUCUAAACCAGUCCGUGAACUAUCGAAGGAAUACCAUUUGCUGCAGGAAGGGAGCACACUGACAUUGAAUGAAAAAUUGGCCGACAGGAGGAAGUGCGGCCAUAAGAGGGUAUCCAUUGUUACUUUUGCAGGUGGGACCCUCCAAGUGGAGAACUGGUAAAUGAGAGAGCUCAUGCAACUCAUCUUUCGUCAUCAGUUGAGGCUAGGUAGGAAACAUAUAUAUUACCAGACAUUGGCUGCUUAAGAUAAUAUAAACAUUCUUGAUACAUGUUCCUGGUUAGGAAAUGAUACCACCGAGAGCAAAUUACUUCAUGCUGAUCUAUUUGUUAGGUAAGAUUACUUCUCUUUUGCUUCCUCCACUAGGCUUCUUUGAUAGAGUUUUGAAGUUACUGAAUGCUUUGAAAAGCAUGACUCAUGGCAGUCCUUGAAGAUAGAAAAGCUGGCUGAUGGCACCUCAUUGACUAAUUGGCUAGUGGUACAUAGUAGCUUUCAGCCGUUCAACUAAUUUGCCUUAUUUGGGCAUAGCUUCCAGGCUUGGUAAGGAUAUAUAGCUAGCAGUCACAAUUUGUUUUUAUAGUAGUAGCCACAUUUUGUUGAAAAUAACUUUGCAUCUGUACCGUCCGUACAAAUUUGUGGAUCUCGUCAAGGAUACUCAAGCUAUAUUGGCACUUUAUCUAUGGAAAAGCAUAUUACUUUUCAAAAGGCAAAUGAUGAUGCACACUGAGAGAAAGUGCUGCAUUCUCAUCUCACCUGUUGCAUGUCCACUGUUAAUAUGACCUAAAUUUGUGGGUCCCUCCACCCCCAACUCAAUUACAAUCAUUCUUUACUGUUGGUUUGUUCCAAGAAUAACAUAUAUAUGCAGUGUUGCAUCGCCAACCUGCCAUCUUUUCCCCUGUGCAUCAGUUCAUCAUACUUUACCUAACAAACAUUUGCUUGUGGUGAGACAUACCUAUAAUUUCUAUCCCAGUGUAUAUUCGCCACCUUUCGUCCCACCUUCUAAAGCCAUAUAUUUAGGUGAUUUAAGCAGCUUCUUUUUGUUGGAAAAGGCAGGCGGUGAGAUCAGCGUCAAGCACUAGCGGCCACCAGCAGAUGCAUGUGGACCACAGCACCAUCAUCAUCCAGUACCACGGACGGAUGGCUGGCCGUGCAAGUCAGUCCACUUCGUACGACACAAGGCGAGUUUUCAGGUCUCACGCCUGCUCCUGCAUCCAUGACGAUCCCGAUGUCGCAUUCCUCAAGGCCGACGCUCGGGUUCCCCCUCGGCACGGCGCUCCUGCUCCUCGUCAUCUUCUCCCUCAGCGGCAUCUUCUCCUGCUGCUACCACUGGGACAGGCUCCGCUCCCUCCUCUGGUCUCGGCAUCCCGGCAUGCUCCAGGACGGCCCGCACACCGUCAUCUCCGUCGGACCAACGCCGAGCAAGGCAUCUUCUGAGCACAAGAGCGAGAAAGCUGGAAAAGAGUGCGGGUUGCCCGUGAUCAUGCCCGGGGAUAACAUCGCGAAGUUCUACGCGAGGCCCUGCCCGCACGAGGCGUGUUUAUCUGCAGCAGCAGAGAAGGGCGAAGUCGAGGUGCAAGUCAGAUGUUCAGUUUCGUGAGACCGUCAGUAUCUGUAUAUGAAAUCGUAGUUAGCUGCUCGCGACUUAUGAUUGGUAGAUAGAUUGUAUAUAUGCAAGCGACUUAAUGACUUAUGAUUGAUGGAUUGAUUGUGUACAAGCAUGCAUUUUGACA